AUGGAACACUCAACCAACGCAGCAGCAUCCCACUUACCGACAUGGCAAGACGAUAAAACCAGCGACGAGAAACCUCGUAUUCCAAGCGACAACGAAAUGUCGUCUGCGCAUUUACUCGAGAAAGGUCUAGGACUGGAUUUGGAUGCGCAACCAGCUGCGCGCGACGGGAUGCAUCUACGACAAGUCUUUGCCAAUAGGGUCAUGCCAGUGGCAUUCGCCCUGCCGUGGAUCGCCGGCAUGUUAAUAUCCUGGAUCCCUUUCACAAACAUCAGCGUCUCCAAAGCCCCAGAUUUCCUUAUUCUGGCUGCAGUCAUCAGCACUCUAGAAGUCCUCAGCAUCAUCGCCGUUUUCAUCUACACGUCCCUCCGCCCCGAUGUCCUCGACAACGAAUCCUUCCGCGGCGUCACACUAAAAGAAAAGGCCCUGCGAGCCUGGUUCUGGUUCCUCUUUGUCAGCCCUUUCGUCACAGGCACCAUGGUCGUCCUCAUGGCCAGCGACAUUUCCUGCGACCCGGAGGACGACCUGGACAUGCACCAGCCCAUCUGCCAAGUCGGCAUCCGACUCAUCAAAGCCACCGCUUUGUGUCGCGCAGGAAUCAUUGCAACAUUUCUCUUUGCGACAUCCUCAUGGCUAGAGCAGCGACCUAAGAGGCGUUACUCGUCCGACUCUGCCUCUUCCAAUUAA